AUGGGACGGCAAACUUCGGCGACCCCAAGCGUAGUGGGCGAACAACGGAAAGGGAUAAAGCUACCUAACCCAGACCUAUGGAGAGGAGAUCGGAACAAGUUAACCGCCUUUCUGUCUGAGUGCGACGUACACUUCGAAUUGAACUCUCAUCUUUUCCCCGACGACACUAAGAAAGUCUUUUUCAUGAUCUCUCAUCUACGCGAAACACCUCUUCUUGCAGUGCAGCCCGAUCUAUCCAAAAGACCUCUUCCUGAGUACCUCACGACACACGAUCAGUUCGUUAAGUACCUCAAGACUAACUUUGGUGAUCCAGACGAAGAAGGAACUGCGGCCCGACAACUUAACGACCUCAAGCAAACCGGGUCUGCUUCGGACUACUUCUCCGCCUUUCAGCGACAUGUUGCGAUUCUCAAGUGGUCUGAUGAUGGAAACCUAGUUGACCGAGCCAAGAAAGGACUAAAAUCGCACCUUCUAGAUGAAAUCGCAAGACACGGUAGAUCGUUUGGGACUGUAAAAGAGCUAUUGGAGUUUGUGAUUCCCUUGGACAACCGCCUGUGGAGGAGACAAGUGGAGAAGGAGGCAGAGAGGAAAAGGGAAGGAGGGAUAAGGACAACGACAGUGGUGGAAAGUCAGAGGACGGAGAAGAAAGAAGAGAAGAAAUGGGAAAAGGGGCAACCUUCGGCGCAGGGUGGUGCCCAGGCGGCUAUGAGGUCGACGGUGGUAAAGAAUCAACCUAAAUCGGACAUUUUCAUUAAUGGAAUGAAGCUAACUACGCUCUGGGACACCGGGGCUACUUGUUCAUAUAUAAGUCCUAGAGCGGCGACGAAGAUAGGCGCAGAAAGGAGACAAUAUCAGGUGAGCGUACCCGUUCACAUGUUCGACGGCUCGGUGAGUGUCGCUGGACCCAUCACCGAGUUUGUCGAAGUCGGAUUUAGUUUGACGAAGGACGCCGAAGUGCGAUCUGUUUGUCUCGAUGUAACAACGCUCUGCGACGCAGAUGUUGUGAUAGGGUGGGAUUGGAUGAGGAAGGAAGGGGUUGUCCUUGAUGGAAGAGACAACUCGGUGAAAUUUCCCAUCCCAACCCCACCAAGUGCGGCGAAAGGAACAGCAUUGGAAAAAGGAGAAGAUGAGAUGAGCGAAGAAGAGUUACGACAGGUCAUACCGACACAAUGGCACCAAUACCUGGAGCUAUUCAAAGUGGAACGAGCCAGAAAACUACCACCAAGAAGAGAAUGUGACCACGAGAUCGAAUUGACCCCCGGAGCAGAACUAAAACCAGGACCAAUCUACCAACUGGAUGAACAUGGGGAUGCAUUCCUAAAGCAGUGGAUCAACGAUGGUCUGGCCAGCGGCCAUCUACGAAGAAGUAAAUCACCUUAUGGGUCUCCUGUAUUCCUGGUUCCAAAAAAGGGAGUGAUUCCCUAUCGAGUGGUAACGGAUUAUCGUGCGCUUAACAAGGUAACCAUUAAGGAUUCAUACCCAAUGCCACUCAUCUCGACACUACUCGAUCGACUUCAAUUAGGAAGGAUCUUCACUAAGCUCGAUUUGAAAGGGGCUUACCAGUUAGUCAGGAUAAAGGAAGGAGAUGAACAAAAGGCUGCCUUGCGAACAAGAUACGGCAGUUUCGAGAGCACAGUCCUAAGGGAUGGGUUGUGUAAUGCACCAGCCACCUUUCAGAACUUUCUACAAGACAUGUUUCACGAUCUACUUGACGAAGGGGUAGUAGUUUAUAUCGACGAUAUCACGGUAUACUCCGACACGAUCGAAAACCAUCAGAUAAUUGUCCAAAAGGUAUUAGAUCGACUACUGGAAAACGAUUUGGUCGUCAGUCCGAGAAAAUGCGAAUGGAGUUCAAAUGAAGUGAAGUUCCUGGGGUACGUAAUAGGACACGAACGGAUCGAAAUGGAUCAAGAAAAGGUGAAAGCUAUUCUAGAAUGGGGAGAACCCAUGACAGUCCGGGAUACUCAAGUGUUCUUGGGGUUUGCGAAUUUCUAUCGGAGGUUUAUCAAGGGGUUUUCGCAUAUUGUGGGACCUCUCACACGAUUGACUAGGAAGGAUCAAGCUUGGAACUGGACACAAGAAUGCCAAAAGGCUUUUGACGAUCUAAAGAAAACAUUUACCACAGCACCAGUACUUCGACAUUUUGAUAGAACCCGACCGACUUGGAUUGAAACCGACGGAUCCGAUUGCGCGAUAGGUGCGAUAGCGUCUCAGAGAUUUCCUCACCCAUCAAUAAAAGGAACCACCGAACUUCACCCAGUAGCGUACUGGUCUCGAGCAAUGACGCCCUGUGAGCUAAACUACACGGUGGGAGAGAAAGAAUUAUUAGCCAUCGUGGAUUGCUUGGUCGCCUGGAGACCCUACUUGGCUAACAGUAGUGAUGUUAUAAAGGUCAUUACCGAUCACAAGAACCUAGAAUACUUCCAAAGCAAACGACAACUAAAUCGAAGGCAGAUGAGAUGGUUGGAAAUAUUGGGAGACUUCAACAUAGAGAUCACUUAUCGACCAGGGAGCAAAAAUGGGGGAGCAGAUGCUCUGACGAGACGAGGAGAUUAUCAUCCGGGAAGAGGGAGUAGCAAGGACCCGAAUCUUAACAAAGGCAACUGGCUACAAUUGCUACCGACACACGAACAAAUUGGAUCGAAUUCAAUGGACUCAGAACACAAAGGACCAAGACACAUAGUAAGAGGAGCAAUCCGGGAAGACUCAUUAUUCGGACUCAUCAAGAACGGACUGAAAGACUCAGAAGACAUAGCAAACAUACGACAACUAGGACUACAGAUGGCACAGACACAUAGCACACAGAGCACACAGAGCACCCAGAACACACAGGACACACAGAAGACACAGGCUAGCAGCGAGACACCAAUAGGCACUGUUAUAUCGUCCCAAUGCUGGUUAGUUGGUCUCGUGACAGAUUCGAUGCUAGUGGGUCAUCCAGGAAGAGACAAAACUAUCACCAUGGUCAAAGAGGACUAUUACUGGCCACAUUUGGACGAGUAUAUUGCAAAAUACGUAAAAGGAUGCGAGAUCUGUAACCGACACAAGACUCAUCGACACCAGCCGUAUGGACAUCUGGUCUCUUUACCAGUACCCACACUGCCCUGGACAGAUAUCUCUAUGGAUAUGGUGGGACCCCUACCAAAAUCGACCGAGUUCGACGCGAUACUGGUGAUAGUCGAUCGACUAACCAAGAUGGCUAGAUUUAUUCCAUGUACAACUGGACUAACAGCGAACAAAGUGGCCGACAUCUACAUCAAGGAGAUCUUUUCAAAACAUGGAGUACCUCGAACAAUUGUGUCAGAUAGGGGAACUCAGUUUACGGCGGAAAUUUGGAAGGAAAUAUGUCAGUUCUUGGGAAUAAAGAACUUAUACUCGACUGCGUAUCACCCUCAAACAGAUGGACAAACUGAGCGAGUAAAUCAACAGAUGGAAAUCCUGCUCGGAAUGUAUGUAAACUACAACAUGGACAAUUGGGAUCAACUUCUACCAAUUGCUGAGUUCGCUUAUAACUGUUCGCCACAUAGUAGCCACGGUCUGUGUCCCUUUGAAGCCUGUUACGGCUAUGUGCCACACUACGACAUCCAUUCGCACGAUAUUCGAUCAAAGUCAAACAAGUUGGAGAGGAAAUGGAGGGAUAUGGGAGAGUUACAUGCGGCUGUUCAAGAACAGGUCAGGAUGGCUAAUGAGAUUAGUGCCGAAUACUACAACAGGAGACACAAGAGUGUACCAGAAGAAUUCAGAGAGGGAGAACAGGUACUACUGAGUACGAAGUAUCUUACGACGGAAAGACCCAGUCGAAAAUUAGAAGCAAAAUACGUUGGCCCCUUCAAGAUCAUAAGGAGAGUGGGGAAAAAUGCUUUCAAAUUAGAUCUACCUCCAUCAAUGAGAGUGCACAAUGUCUUCAAUGUCACGUUGUUGGAACCAUAUCCUAGAGACAUGAUACCAGGUCGACAGAUACAACCCCCACCACCUGUAGUAAUAAACGGCCAGGAGGAAUUCCAUGUGGAAGCAAUUGUGGACAGUAGAAUUCGACGAGGAAAGGAGGAAUUCAAGGUAAAAUGGUUAGGAUACACAGGGAAUGCGGCCUAUGACUGGGAACCACGAGAAAAUGUAGAAGAGUUGGCCGUUUUUGGUGAAUUUCUGGAAAAGAGGAAAAAAGAUCCCAGAAGAAAGUGA